UUUAGCAGCAGUCAGAUGGUGGAAUGCUUCGGAGAGAAGCAAUCCGUUCGGUCCAUCAUUGCGAAAGGAAAAGGGGCGGUGAUAGAGGAAGAAGAGACAUGGCAUCUAAAGACAUAACUGCCUCUUGUUUCGUCAGUGUGAGCAGGGAUAUUACAGAGAGUAUCAGGAAGAUUGUUGACAAGUCAUCCAUCAAGUUUAUACGCGGCAUUAAGCUUGACACCAAAAAUGGCAAGUCAGAGGACCGGAUACUGGUCCUCACAACAUGGAGACUCUAUUUCCUGACAGCCAAGGUUCCAACAAAGAUUGAGGUGACAUUUAACUUCUUGGAGAUCCGAGCCAUGAACAGUCACCCAGAGUUUCAGGUCGUCAUAGACUUGGACAAGUCCACUUAUUCCCUGAGGCUUCAGUCACGUGACCACCUCAGUCAUGUGGUCAGCCACGUUAACUUUGCCCUGUCCAGAAUAUUCAACAACUCUGUUUUCUCUCCCUCCAUCUGUCAUUCAGACAGUGACCUUUCUGAGGGAAGCAGGAAGUACUCCCCCAGCUCAGAGACGUCUGUUGAAACCCAGAGGGCCUGUGGAGGGUUUUCCGAGACCUACGCUGCCCUGUGUGACUACAAUGGAAUCAGCUGCAAGGAGGAAGUGCAGUGGGAUGUGGACACUAUCUAUCACUCUCAAGACAACAGGGAGUUUAACCUAGUGGACUUCAGCCACCUGGAGAGCAGAGACUUGGCAGUGAUUGUGGCCUCAAUGGCAUACAACACCUGGUUCACCAAACUAUACUGUAAGGACCUACGCAUAGGGUCAGAGGUCAGUGAGCAGGUUUUGCACACACUCAGUAAGUCCUCCAGCCUGGAAGAGCUCACUCUGGAGAAUGCUGGUCUCAAAUCUGACUUUGCGCAGAAGCUGUCAGUUGCGCUCUCAGAGAAUCCUGCUUCUGUCAUCCACUCUCUGAACUUGGCACACAACACAUUGGACAACCAAGGUGUGUCUAACCUCAUCCAGCAGGUGUGUCGUCUCAGCAAAGGACUGCGUCUCCUCAACCUCUCCAAGACCUCCCUUAACUCCAAAGGUGUGGUGUCUCUGUCUCAGGCUCUGUGCUCCAGUGAUGAGUAUUCCAACUCUCUACUGCACCUGGACCUGAGCAAGAACCCUGGGGUCCUGUCUGGGGAGGAUGCUUCGAAUCUGUACCUUUUCCUUUCCCAGCCUAAUUGUCUGGUCCAUUUGGACCUGUCUGACACUGACUGUGCUGUUGACUCUCUAUUUGGGGCUCUGCUGAGGGGGUGUUGUGCUGAUCUCUCCUACUUGAAUCUCUCCAAAAAUUCCUUCUCACACAGGAAAGUGAAGGAGACCCUGCCGUUGUUCCGUCAGUUCUUCAGCUCGGCCUUCAGUCUCACCCAUGUCAGCCUGGCCUCUAUGAAGCUGCCCCCUGAUGCCCUGAGGUCUCUUUUCAUAGGUCUGACCACAAACCCUCACAUUAAUGACCUUCACCUGGACAUCAGUGGCUGUGAGCUGAAAUCUGCAGGAGCUUCUGUGAUCCAGGAGCUGUUCCCCAGGGUCUCCUCCAUCGCCACCCUGGACAUCUCUGACAACGGGCUGGAUGCAGACCUUCUCUCAGUCCUACCAGCUCUCUCCAGACACACCUCCUUAAAGCACCUGUAUCUGGGCAAGAACUUCAACAUCAAGAGCAGCAGGGUGCUGGAGGAAAUCCUACAGAAGCUGGUCCAACUCAUACAGGAGGAGGAAUGUGCCCUCCAGUCCCUCUCCCUGGCUGACUCGCGACUGCGUUCUCGCGGUACAGUGCUAGUAAAUGCUCUGGGUAGUAACACCUGCCUACGUAAGGUGGACCUAAGUGGGAACAGCCUGGAGGACAUUGGAGCCAAGAUGCUGAGCAAAGCCCUACAGAUCAACACCACACUCAGGAGUGUGACGUGGGAUCGUAACAACACCUCAGCUACAGGAUUCCUGGAUGUGGCUCGAGCCCUUGAACAUAACUUCACCUUGCAGUACAUGCCCCUCCCCCUCAGUGACAUCAGCCAGGCGUACCGUAGCGCCCCCGAGAGGACAGAGCAGGCACUGACCAAGAUCCAGCGUGCUCUGCUGAGGAACAACCAGACUCAGCGCUUCUCUCAGAGACAGGCUCUACGGCUGCACCAGGGCCUGGUCACCAGCACUGCUGAACAGGUGAUGGAGCGUCUGUGUGUGCGUGUGCAGCAGCAGGUGUGUGUGCUGCGUGGAGUAGGGGAGAUGGAGGAGAUUCAAGCUGCUAAACAAGUGCUGAAGGAGGCCAGGAACUCUCGCGCGCUGUACCCCUCUCUCUGUGAGCUAGCUCAUGUGCUGUCAGUAGAUGGGCCAGUCAGACAGAGACUGGACUCACUGGCAGGAGAAUUGGCCAAGGCAGCUGACAAGGAACUACAGGUGAUAGUUGACUCCAUGGUGUCUCUCUGUCGUGAGCUGUGUCCGCUGUCCUCCUCUGCAGCAGAGAGAUUGAGUCCUCCGCUCUCGUCCGUCUCUGAGCGUGUGUCCAUCCCUCGCUCAGCCAUCCGUACGGCCCUGAUGGAGCGAGCAGCUCAGGACAUCCACCGCGCGCUGGAAGAGGUGAAGCUCUCAGUGGUUUCCUAUCUCACCAACUCCAUUGUCGAUCAGAUCUUGCAGGAGCUCUACGCCACUCAAAAGACCCUGACGCGUCAGGUGUCCCAGGUGAAACGUUGGGAGGGGACAUGUGAUGGAGGGACAGGCCGGAGGUCACACAGACACAGAGACUCUCUGGACAUCACAGACGAGGAGCUGGGCACCAGCAUAGACACAAUUGCCAUUAAGAAGCACAGCUCUCGAACUAGGCGAAUACGACCUGUUUCAACCAGACUGAGCCUGUGUGAUGACUCCAGCUCCUCCCCGCCCCCCUCUACGUCCUCUUCUUUCUCAGCCCUCUCUCGCUCCGCAUCCUGUGAGGGGCUGUCUGAACUCCCUACCCAGGGUGCACCUCUACAUCAUGUGACGCGUGUUAGGCCGAGGCCCCCACGGAGACACCGAGCAGGACACGCCCCCUCUGACACACAUUGCACUGAAAAUGGAGCUGUCACUCCUCUUGAUGAUGGACUCCCAGAUUUCUACUCCAAGAGAGUUCUCCCUGAUAGUCAGUUGUCCUCUCUCCAUAAAGCCCACUCUCUCAGGCGAAAGAAAAGACGCAAUAUGCUGGCCAUCUUUGGUUUCCGUAGGAACCGCAACUCAACUCUCUCCAAUCAGGGGCCAGAGUCUGGCGGAGAUGGGUGUGGGGAGGAGUGUCACACUGUUGCCACGGCACCCACAGGGACAGCCACUGAGAAUGUCUACACGCUGCUGCAGCCCCCUCGUUCUGCUGCCAGGGCCUGCUCUCCUGGUGAGGGGGCUGAUGGGAAGGUGGAGGACCAGAGGGGGGAGGAGCCAGUAGGCCUGAGCCUGCAGCCACUGCAAAGCAUACCACCACAGCCUGGCAUGCCGGGCAGCAGACACCCCUUCUACUCACCCAGCCAGCCAUCAAAGCUAGAGACAGCGCAUGAGCAACCUGCAGAUACUGACAGACAUUGGUCAGAGGACAGACAGGUGGACAGACAGUGGACAGAGGGGCUUCACACAGACAGAGAGAGGACAUUAAUAAGACCAGCUGACAGACACUCUGACCGGCACUGGACCGAGGACAAACUGUCAGACAAAACAUGGACAGAGGGAAGAACAGCAGAGAGACAGAUGGACAGAUAUUGGACAGAGAGCAGGCAUGCAGAUAGACUCAUGGAAAGACAGUGGACAGUUGACAGACACACACAGAGACAGAUCGACAGACAGUUUGAUCGAGAUAGACAGUGGACGGUGAGCAGACAACAGACAGACAGAAAGUGGGCAGAGGGACGACUGACAGACAUACAGAUAGACAGACAGUGGAUAGAGAGCAGGCAGUCAGGCAGACAGUCUGACAGACAAGCCCAGGGACAACAUCUGGCUCAGAGGCCUCUGCCCCCUUACCCGUCAGACAGGACUCCAUCACCUAAAAGUGAGACUGACUCCCAGAAAAACAUGGAGGCAACCGUGGACAGACAGAAGUACUCUGACACACAGACGGACAGACAUCUGCACUCAGACACUGCUGUAGGACAGGUGGAAGGGUGGAGGGGUGGAGGAGGGGUUCCCCCUGGACGGGUUUCUAUGAAUGCAUCUAAACCAGACCCUCCUCCCCAAAGCAGCAAACCCAUCCAGUCCAAACUGAGACAGAGACAUCUACAGGAGAGCUCUGGUGCAGAGGAGGAAGCAGACGGAGAUAGGGAUGGUGGAAGAAUGGAAAGGAAAGAGAGAGAUCGAGGCAGAGAUGCAGAGGGACAGCCACCUCCCAUUCCUGAAAAGCCAAAGACAUCCUAUGUGUCUUCUCCAAUUGAGUUUGCCAAUGAAAGGCCGAUCCCACAUCUUGCACCAUCUGCAUUCAACAAGCCAGUGCUGGGAUUGGCUGACAGGGCUUUCAGUCAAGGUGAGGAAGCAGUGAGACCUCAAGCCCCAGUGAAACCCCAGAGGAACAGAAAGGCUAUGUCUUGUGACACAGGCACUGACAGGGAUGCCCUAAUAAUCUCGAGAAGCCCUCAAAUCGCAAACCUGUGAAAAAACCUAGACUACUCCAGAACAGAAACAAAUCCUUGGACUAUCCUGGUCUCUCUGCCUCUGUCGCUCUCUCUCUCUUUCUCUCUCUCUCUCUGCCUCUGUCUCUGUGAGAAUGGGAGCAUGUGUUUCCUCUCAUACUUAAUGCAUAAAAACAGAUAUGUUUCUUUGGAUACAGCUAUAUUUGUGUGUUUUUGGUUUUACCAUCAUUGUGGGGACCAGAACUGUUCACAAGAAUAUAAAUAUCUGGGGACAAAUGUGUGUGUGUGUGUGCGUGCGUGUGUGUGUGUGUGUGUGAGUGUGUGUGUGUGUGUCUCAGACUAAACAAAGCAACGUUUUCAAUCACCCCUUAGGUCGGAAUAGAACUCAAACAUGACUUCACUGUUGUUAAUUAUCUGAUCAAAUUGUGUCUAAUGAGAUUAAUCAGUAAUCAGGAAUGUCUCUCGUUCUGUGCUCUCCCAGACAGCGUCAACUCAGCGUCUGUUAGCAGAGAGCUGUUGUAAUGUCGAUGGAAUUAAGCUGCUUCAGACCAACCAGCCAGAGGGUUGUCAUGACAACUGGGCAGCAUUUUGUCCGAUGUGGAAGAGGAGAAAUAUGCGAGGGAGAAACUAGACUCUAGAGAGAGAGGGAACACACGAAUACAGAGAGAGAAAGGGAGAGAGGGGGAGGGGAAGAUAAAUGUCUUAGAGUGCAAAAUGAUACGGACAUCGCUAAGAAUAACUUACCUACUGCGGUAUUAUUGGAACACACACAUGCUAUUCCUAGUCGGUCUCUGUCUGUCCCUUGCCCUCACUGUCUGCUUUCCUGUCAUCUCAAUGGAAACCUGCUGAACUGUUUUGCAGCUAUUCGAAUGGUGUUUGCUACUUUUGAAAAACUACUGAAUUGUUGUCUGCACUUACAAAAUGGCUAAAACACUGUCAUGCUAUAAUGCUAAGGGGCCAAACAUUGGAGCAUUUUUGUUAUCAUUAUUGAGAGUUACACUUUAUUUUGUAUUAUUAUUGUUUAUGUAAACCAAGCUAUGUGGCUAAGCUCGACUAAAGAAAGGAAUGUGUCUAUUAGAAUGUUAUUUCUAAAUCUGCAAUGCAAUUUGACUGCUGUGAACGUUGGUUGCCAUAGUUGAAACUUGAGAAUGAGUUGUUGCAUAUUAUUAAAUGAAAUAUUUAUAUCUAGUUCUGCUUUCAUGGACUGAAAGGUAAUAUAUUUUAUAGAAAAAUUCAAUAAAAAAAUAUUAUAUGAGUAUACCCUGUGAAUGAAUAAAAAUGCUGUACUGGAAUACACACUGAGAAUGUCAUCCUUUUUGUGGUUUGGUUCAUAAUAGGAUAAUAAAGGGAGGUAAACGAUUUUGCCUUCCAAACUGCGUUCACUAUGCUGUUUAACCACAGAAUUACCACUCUGGGUCAUAAUACUUUAACCAGCAGGGUGGCAGCUACAUUAGGCCUCCUGUAAUUAUCCCUAACAGCAGGUGGCGACCAACCCCAACAAAUGAAAGGCGGACCUCUCAGCAACAGAAAGACUCAUAAUCUAGAACACCAAACACGUGAGCUGCUGAGAAGCAGUCUUGCUGGUUGUCAUUAGCAACCAUGUCAUGGCCCUAUUUCUGAAGAUGGUGGAAUGAGUCAAAUAUGGGCUUUGGCUGGCUGGUGUGCUAAGUACUAAUGAGCUAUUCAUAUGGAAAUGUAAUGAAAAGCUGCUUCUUCAAACUCUGUAAUUAAAACUUGAAAAUACGGUUCUACCACUGUGCCUACAGAUAUAGAAUCCUAAAUUGAUCACUCUUGUUGCUGAGAAUUUUCCUCCACUGCAGGACAUGCAGAUGAGCUUCGUUAUUUAUAUAAAUUCCUACUUAAAACAAACACGAAUCAAUGGUGAUAUUAACAGUUUUGCACUUUUCAUGUAGCCUACUUUUGGCCAGCUAGUAGCCUAACCACCGAUACUAAAACAUUCAAAUGCUGUUGCUGCAGGAUUAUUUUUCCUGGUCAGAUUAAGAUCCCACACCUGUAACUUCUCAUAUCGUUGAAUCUGUGUCUGAUGAUUCAAUGCAUCAUUUUGUCGAUAACUGUUUUAAGCCGUAGAUAUUUAUGUGUGAUUGUAGUUGUUUGAAAUGCAUUUCCACACUUGUGGACUGUCUUCAUGGGGUGGAUGGUGGAGUGGGUGGGAGGAGGCCCGACAGACAAAAGACACAGGAUCUUAUAUUGAUCUAUUUUAUCAUUGGCUUUCAUGCACCUGGCAGUUAAUCAUCGGGAUUAGAAAGAAAAACACUUACUUAAUAUCCUCUCUUGGAUAUGUUGACUUAAUUUGACUGUCUGGACUUAUUGUCCUACCGUCUAUCAAUAUGAAAGGCCGUUUUCUAUUACUCUACAUUUACCCCCCCCCCC